CACAAACUGAAAUAGAUUAGACGAUUUUCACCGAGAUUUACAGGAUAUUUUAUACCACUUUAUACCUGAGAGAGCGUUAGUGUAGCAUGCGUGUGUUUGGGUCGUACAGUCGUGGAUUUUUGUCCGGCUCAGCGUUGUCCUUAUCAUGUUGUGCAGUGUGGUACGGUCUUCUUUCCCCGCCGGGACUUCGCUGUGAACGGCCGCAUCUCAGUGACAGCAAUCUGCCCGUGUCAUCUGUGGUGGACACAGACCACUCACUAGAGGACAUCCAUCAACUAGAUACGAGUCGUGAGAUCCUAAAGUAUGGAGUCCCUGACCGAGGCCCUGUGGUGCGAUCAUACAGUGGUCAUGCUCUUGCUUAUGACCAGGCGAGGCGGGUGCCUGUGUGGGUGGCUGAGCACCUCACACCGGACAGUGUUGUGGGUCCUGCUCAUAGAAAGCACUCCAAGUUCAAGCCUGAUCCGAACAUCCCAGCCAUGUUCAGCGCUCAGAACAAGGAUUUCUUGCAAAGUGGGGGCUGGUCUCGGGGCCACAUGGCACCCGCAGGGGACUUUAAACAUAGCCAGGCAGCCAUGAACUCCACGUUUUACCUGACAAAUGUGGUCCCGCAGAACUAUGAGAACAACGCCGGUUAUUGGAACAGAUUUGAAAUCUUCUGUCGUGAUCUCACACGGAGUUUCAGUGACAUUCGAGUGUUCACAGGGCCUUUAUUCUUACCCAAUGUUGUGGAGGGACAGAAAAAAUACGUGAAAUAUGAGGUUAUUGGAGAAAGUACCGUCGCUGUUCCCACACAUCUUUACAAGUUGAUUGUCGCUGAAAACAACAGCUCAGACCAGAAAGCUGUGGGUGCUUUUGUUGUGCCUAAUGAACCACUAGGAUUUGACCACAAACUGACUGAGUACCAAGUGACCCUGGAGGCUCUGGAAGGGAUGACAGGCACGACCUUCCUACCGCUCAUCAACCAGACAAAACUUGUGGAUCUGUGCACAGUGGACACAUGUCAACUUUUGUCAGCCCAAAAGUUUGAACUACACGUUCUUUCAAGUCGACUUCGUAAUGCGAAGAAUCGUGAAAAACUGGAUAAAAUCUGGAGUGAAUUGGAGAGCAAAAAGCUUGUUCCAGACACAUUCAUCACGGAAAUCUAUGAGAAAAAACGCAAAGAGUUUGAAAUCAAGGAAAAGCAGAAAUCAGAACUUUAAAAAUGUAAAAUCGUCUGAAGUAGGGACCUUACCUGACCAAAUAUGGGGGAUACAUGUAAUGCAUGUACAAUAUUAAUAUUGUUUUGAAAGUCAUUACCGCGAAGAAAUAUCAGGAUAUAUAGGGUUGACUAAGUUGCAGAUUUUGCCCAAUUUUGCGUUGAGUUCUGUUGAUAUUAGAAUUUAUGUGUUUUGAGGUUUAAUUUUGUGCGAGUUAUGAUGGUAUCUUACUCGAAAAGCACCCAAAGUAAGAUUUUAUGACAUUUCUUUGCCUAUAAAAAUGCACUUUAUCAGGGCACAGUUUUAGGAGAUUUUACUCAUGUACAUGUUAUAUUGUUAAUAUACUAGUAUAUAAAUGGCAUAUAUUUUAAUCUGUUACUGUCCUGUGGGUAAAAGAUAUAGUCAGACAAGGCAGGUAAUCCAAAAUGGCUGCCAUAGCAGAAGUAUUUCUUUUCACAGCUAUGAUAGGAACUUGAUCAGGCAUUUGGAGAUAUAUUUACUAAAUGGGAACAAACUCUUUCAUAAGCAACAGCACACAACUUUAUCAUUGUGAAUGGUAUUUUUUUCAGAAUGGUGGCACCUGGUGGCUAUGUUUUAUAUAUCUUUUGGAAAGUAUUUCACAAACCAUUUUAGAUGUACAUGUAUCUCACCAAAUUUUGCCAGUAUCUCAUACACUUUUAAGUUAUUGUGCGCAGAUGUGCGAUAAUGUGGAAGCAUUCAUUUCACUUUUAUUUUAUCACAGUAAACGGUGUUACUAUGUCGUAAACUACAUUUUUAUUACUAUUUUAAACUACGUAAACUACUAUUUUAUUUCAUCACUGUGUUAUUUUGAAGUGUUAUUUAGGAGACC